GUCUGGAGAAGCCAAAAACAAAAACAAACCCUAAACCAUUACUGCAUUACACCAUUACUCUCUCUUCUCUCUCUAGUCUCUAGCCUCUUCCAGUCUUCCUUCUCCAAAUCUCCACCGCCACAACCGGCACCGGGCACCGGCCAAGUUGCUUCGUCCGUUCGUCGCUUCGAGCCUUCGACAUUCGACAAUCGACAGUAAACAGUUCGAGUGUUGUGUUCGACCUUCGAUUAAUCGAUUCGCGACGCUUCCAGCUUCCUCUUCCUCUUCAAUUCCAUUCUUCGACUGCUCCUUGCACUCCGACAGUACACUCUCCGGCUCCUUCCUCCGUUCCUCGUCCAGUCCUGUCCGCCACUGACUGCAAUCCAAGUUGCUUCGUGACCUUCGUCGCUUCGACCUUCGAGCCUUCGACAAUCUGACUGUUCGAGUGUUCGACUGUUCGACAAUCCGCAAUCGACGCUUCCUCUUCCUCUUCAAUUCCAUACUUCGACAGUACACUUCGUCACUUCCAGGCGUGACAGACUUAGAAAAGCCCGUACUCCUUAGGCAAUUGUUCCUAUUGACAAACAUGAACGACAGCGACGAAGACGAAACCUUCUACUAUCGCUACACCACUCCAACCUCUUCUAAUCCCACAUCCUCCUCCACUGCCACCACCAACACCACCAUUCACAACCAUGGAAGCGGUGGUUUAGCCCCAUCAAAAUCAACCGUCUACGUUAGUAAUCUCGACUUUAACCUCACUAACUCCGAUCUUUUUACUCUCUUCUCCACCUUCGGUAAAGUCGCCCGUGUUACCGUCCUUAAAGACCGUGCAACUCGCCUCAGUCGUGGCGUUGCCUUCAUCCUUUUUGUGUCUCGUAAUGAUGCUGUUUCUGCUGCACGCCAAAUGAAUGGAAAAGUUCUUAAUGGCCGAACCCUAAGAGCUUCGAUUGCUGCUGAUAAUGGUCGUGCUCCUGAGUUUAUUCGGCGACGUGUUUACAAAGAUAAGUCAAGAUGUUAUGAGUGUGGAGAAGAGGGUCAUUUGAGUUAUGAGUGUCCUAAAAAUCAGUUGGGUCCUAGGGAAAGACCUGUUCCUAAAAAGGGUAGAAGAGAGAAAGAGCAAAGGAGGAAAAAUGAGGAUGAUGAGGAAGAUGAUAGAGAAAGGGAUGAAGAAGAGAGUGUUGUUUUUGAGGAAGAUAAUUGGGCUUCUGUGGUUGAUAAUGGUGCUGAUCAGAGAUUAUUGAUGGGUCAUGAUCAUGAAUACUACGAUCAUCCGAAAUCGAGCAAAGGGAAGAAGGUUAAGAAGGCUAGUUAUUUCAGUGAUGAAAGUGGGGAGGAGGAUUAGACUUGUCUUUCGGAGAACUUAAGAUGUUGGCUGAAAUCAUGUAAAGUUAACAGUAAUUGGGAGGAGUAUCUCUAUCUUAGCCCAUACUUGUACUUAUGUUAAUACAUUAUGUUGUAGAAAAGGUUACAUUAGUUGUUGCUUUGCUAUAUAUUAUGAUUCACAAGGCUUAGUUAGUAUUUUUAGUACUUUUGACUUUUGGUGACUGAUAACAAUUGUGUGAGUAAUCAUAAUAUUUAAUUGAUAAAAAUUUCGCAUCAUGUCGAGUUUGGAAAGAGGACAAAGCAACUACAUUGUCGGACAUCAAUGAAGGCAAUUUUCUUUGGGCUUGUGUAGUUGAAGUAAUGAAGGCAGAGAGUGCAUCUGAAUUCCCAAAUCUAUCUUAAUCAUCUGAAUUCCGAGACAUUUAUGCUUCAAUGUGUUUGUUUCAUCUAUGAGUAACCAUAAUCAGCUUUCAGUUUUCAUCAAAUUGAACAAAUGAUGAAACCACAAGGUAUUAAGGUACAAGAAAGUUAUUCGGAGGUUGCUGUAUUGGUGAAUGGAGAUAAAACCUAUCACCACCUUGCAAUUGUAAGAAUGAUUAUGCUCGCGAGAGCAUGUGGUCGCGUUUUUUUCUACUGUUUGAGUUGACAGUGGGCUGCUGGACUUCUUGGCCUGAACUUGACAACAACAGGCUUGUGUCUGGCACAUGUUUUAUGAGUUAGCCUUUGAUUUUUGUUAUCAUCCUGAUAGUGAUAGUAUUAUCUGAAUUUUUGAGAGACCUGCUUUGGCCAUGACUUACUAUUUAAGACUUAAGUGGUUGCUUUCGGCAUGAGGCCAGUGAACCCGGUUCAUACCAUGAUAUAGCAAUGGCAUGUUCAUUGAGUUCACCUGUAGUGCUUGUAUUGGCAUAUCCAAACUUUCCGUAUUUUAGUGACAACCAUGUACUACUACUAAUACUCCUUUUGUUUUCAUUUUAACUUUUCUAUAUUCAUUAAAUUUUUUUUUUAAUUUGUCUUAAUGUAUUUGAAAAUUCUAAAUAUAAUGGAGGGAAUAGUUUUGUAGUUGUGCUCAUAAUGGUUGGUGUGGCAUCGUAGAUCUCGAUUUAAAUAAUGACUAUUACUUAAUUAAUUCAGUUUAAUUUGUUUUAAUUUAUUUAUCAUUAUCUUCAACUUAAUAUUCCACUCGAAAACAGGUUUGGGUCAAGGAAGAUAAUAAAUAAUAAGUCGUAUCCCCUCUAGAGAGAGGGUCAGAGAAAUGUGAUUAAUUUUUACCUAUAAAUUGUUAGAGCCAGAGAAAUAUGAGUGAUAUCAUAUUCUUAUUUAGUAUAGUUACUUGUGUCUCUUUGUCCAUGAUGUGCCAGUAUAAUAUCCAACUUGUUUACCAAGUUUUGAAUCCCUACCACAUAUUCACAUGUGCUUGUUUUUUGUACGUUCCCUAAUUGCUUUGUAUCAGAUUCAGCCAUUCAGGUGUAAACAAGAGUAUAAGAAAAUACACCCGUGAAUGAAUGUUUGAUUGCAAUUUACAUGUUUGGGGACUCGGGACUGGGGUGGAAACUGAAAGAAGAAUAAAACAAAUAAUGAAUUCAAGGAUGGACCUAAACUGCCCAGUGCCCACCACUAACUUUUUCUUUUCUUCCUCUAAACUUGUUUGGUGCCCUGUCUUUUUCUCCUUUUGCAUUAUCUCUUUUACAAGUAUCUUUUAACAAGUAUCUUUUAACCAUACCAUUAGAAAUGCAU